AUGCGAAGAGUGGUAGUGACAGGCCUCGGAGCUGUGACACCGCUAGGUGUUGGUAUCCGCCGAACAUGGCAACGGCUGAUCGGCGGGCAUUGCGGCAUUGUGUCUGUAAAAGACAGAGGACCCCGAUAUGCAGCUUUACCGAGCCAGGUAGCGGCGGUUGUGCCCACUGGAGGUAAAGAGCAAGGCUGUUGGGAUGUCAAAGAAUGGCUAUCUCCCACUGAUGAGCGGAAGAUGGCAAAGUUUUCGCACUACGCUAUGGCAGCAGCUCAAGAAGCCUUAGGAGAUGCAGAGUGGCACCCUCAAGAGCCCAAGGAUCUCGAGGCGACUGGUGUAUACAUAGGCUCAGGCAUAGGAGCCUUCGACGAUGUCUAUGACACCUCAGUUGCCUACGACAAAGGUGGCUACAAGAAAGUGUCGCCGCUCUUUGUUCCAAGACUAUUGAUAAACCUGGCUGCUGGGCAUAUUUCCAUGAGAUACGGUUUUAAGGGCCCCAACCACGCAGCGACUACAGCGUGUACAACAGGCGCUCAUGCAGUCGGUGAUGCGGGCAGAUUCAUCGCUUUCGGCGACGCGGAUGUCAUGGUUGCAGGCGGAUCAGAGUCCUGCAUCCACCCGCUCGCCAUUGCCGGGUUCGCUCGAGCAAGAAGUCUGGCAACAGACUGGAACGAUGCGCCUCAUCUAGCGUCUAGACCCUUUGACCGUUCCCGAGCCGGAUUCGUCAUCGGAGAGGGUGCUGGAGUAAUGGUGCUUGAGGAACUCGAGCACGCAAAGACCCGCGGGGCACGCAUCUACGCGGAAUUGCUAGGUUAUGGGCUUUCCGCCGAUGCCCACCACAUGACCGCGCCGAGAGAAGAUGGCGAAGGACCCUUCUUAGCCAUGAAGCGUGCCCUACGACACGCCGGUCUGCAACCACACGAAGUGGACUACGUCAACGCUCACGCGACAUCAACCUCAUUAGGUGAUGCGGCGGAGAACCGAGCCAUCAAGGCACUGCUACUAGGCGAGAGCGGGAAGCAGAAGGCAUCCGACAUCAACGUCAGCAGCACCAAGGGUGCCAUUGGUCAUCUUUUAGGAGCUGCCGGCGCGGUGGAAGCAAUCUUCUCAGUUCUGGCAGUCCACCAUGAUAUCCUACCACCCACUCUCAAUCUGGAGAGCCCGGGAGAUCCACCCGAAGAGUUCGAUUGCAAUUAUGUUCCCAAAGCCGCACAGUCCAAGCGGGUCAAUGUCGCGCUAUCGAAUAGUUUCGGGUUUGGAGGCACGAAUGCCAGUCUCUGUUUCAGCAAGUUCGACGGGUGA